AGGAAAGUCUGAUCACUUCCGGCAGUUUGUCCGUCCCUUCGUUCUUGCCAAUGCCAUGACGUACAUACCUAGUUCGCCUGACCAUUCUCAUGGUACUUUUUCCUCCGUGAUCGCAUAUGCUCUCUUUCUCUGAAAUUCCCCUCAGAUAAUACGCAAAACCCAUUUCCUCAAAUUUUUCUUCUUGGUGAAGACGAGCAGAUAAAAAAAAAAAACAGAGAGAGAAAGAGAGAGACAGAAAAAAAUGGGACAGCAAUGGGGGUGUCGUCUACUGUUAGUGAUGACUGGCUGUCCUGUUUCAAUGGCGGAAUUGACCUUGACGCCUCCGACCUCUGUUUUUACAUCCGUCUUUACCUUGUUCGUCUCUGCCGCCCGCUUUUAUUCCUUCCACACCCCAUUGUCAUACCGCGAACGGUCACCUCUUCUCUCAGCUCCCAUCAUCUUCCAUGGCCGAUGUCAUCAGGUCUUCUAAAGCUGCUCCGGAGCAGGAGCCGUACGUCCACUCCCGUGACAAUCCAUAUUUCAAGGGUCUGUCGAGAGAAGAUACUGCCUCAGUUGGAAGAGGUUCAAAUUUCGACUAUCUUAGAACUGCACCACAUCCGAAAAUUUCUAGGUCGGUCUCAGAUAUGGGGGAUAUGAGGAGCGGAAAUUUUGUUCUAAAAGGAUCAGAAGAUGUCAUGAAUUCAUCCAUAGAAGAGUCCGACUCCGACGUGGUUUUCGAAACUUUUGAUAAGAAUGCAUCAAAAAAUAGCAGACCAACUUCAUUUUCAUUUCCUCCUAUCCAUUCAGACUUGGGCUUCGACUUUGAUGAUCCAAAUGAAUCAGAGGACUUGAGUCCUGAGGCCCAUGAAGAAACCAAAGCUCUCCGACUGCAGGAUAGCAUGGGAGUGUCCGUAUUAAAGAAAACAUAUUCGAUAUGCAGAGGAGAAUCAGCCUUACUAAGGAUUCCUCUUCCACAGUCUGCUGCAUCAUUUUAUAUUGGUUAUGCUCCACUGCUGGAAAUAGUGGAGUCGUGCGAAAGCAUUACGAUGCUGAACUCGUAUUUGAAGGAGACAAAGAAAGAUGUCAAUGCUGGGGCACCGGGAAGGUUCUUGCAUGUUGUCCUGGGGCAAGAUGUUUCCGAUGCUAGUGCCUUUGCUUCAACCAUCAUGUAUGCCUUCUACUUGUACGAGACCUUUAGCAGUGACCAGCUGUGCACUGUACCUGUUAUCAAUAUGAGGAGAGCAGACCUCAGUACUCAUGCUGAGCUCAAGUGGCUACUCAGUUCAUGUCAAGUACAAGAGACCUCCUUGAUCUUCAUUGAUGAGAUUGACCUUUCAUACUACGAUCUCUAUGGUAGUCUAAAGCUUGUUCUGCUGAAUGGUCAUAAGCUGCACAACAAGCUGGAAGCUUUGAAGGGGGCUGUUGUUGAAAUCUUCAAUUGCAGAAAGGGCGACUCCUUCUACCCUUGGGUGAAGAAUGUGACUGUAGGACAGGACUGUUCUUGUUGCACACUCCUUGCCGAUAAAUUCGCGAUGACUUCGGCCGAACUUUUGACGGGUCAAGGAUUCAGUAGACUUUUGUUAGCUGGCAUUCUCUUGGAUACUGGCAACUUAACACAUCAGAACUGUACUUCCAAGGACAAGUACAUGGCAACUUUGUUACUCAACGGUGCAGGUCGCUUUGGGUGUGAUGGUCUUUAUCAGAUACUGAGAUACAAGACAUAUGAUAUUUCCGAUCUUAAAGUAGCGGACAUCCUGCGCAAGGACUUCAAAAAGUGGUCCAGAGUAGGCAACCAAGAUGCUGCUGGUUUACGUUUUAUGGUCUCGCACAUUGGGAUGAGUUCCAUUGGGAUUUCAAUUAGCCAACUUCUCGCUCAGGGAGAUACUUCAGCUCACGAAAUUAAAAUUUUUCAGCAGUUGGAGAAAGUCCGGCUCCUGGCAAUUGUUUCAGGGUAUUAUGAUUCUGAGAAGAACUUCAAGAGAGAAGUCCUGGUCUCCUCUGAAUCUGCUGAGAUUAUGAAGAAUCUCUUGCAAUUCUUCAAUGUGAAUGCUUCCCAACUGCCAAUGAAAACUCUAGCACUAGCAGGUCUUAUGGAAGAGAUGAGAGCAUUCGAGAUCGAUAGGUUCACCUCAAGGAAGUCCGUGGAACGAUUACUCGAAGAGUUUAGUAGCACGUUGAAGGGUUAACAACAAAAGACCAUUCAAGAUUUUAGCGUACGAGUAAAGAAAAUGGCGAAUGCCGUAAAGCAUACAAAGAAAAGAGGAAUGGGGGCGAGCGAACAGAAAUAUCAUGAGCUUUAUUUCUCUACUGCUCUAGAUCUAUUGGAAGGGUGUAAGAUUUUAACUCUGCAUGAGUCUUUUGCGGUCAUGAAUUUUCUUUUUAGGCUGUUAGAUUAUCAUGAUAUUUAAUAAUGGGGGCGAUAUUUGGAAAGAUAGCUAUUCGAAUGAUAUUUGUGGUACUGUUUUGGAAUUGAUAUUUGAAAGAUACUUGUAUUAUUGUUUUGGAAUUAAUAUUUGCCUCGCCUCGAUUAGGGUUUA